AUGUUGCAGCAAGGCGUGAAAUCUCAGGCCUGGCCCACAGAUCCUAGUCCUUCUGGCAACGACACAGUGACCAAGGGCCGGCCACAGAAACCCAACCAGUCGGCUCCAGGGCCCACCACAGGUGGGGGCUCACCUUCCCUACACCACCGGCAGUCCCCACCCCAGCACCUGCACUGCUGCCCUGACACAAGGCCUUCUCCUACCCCCUCCAAGCUGGCAACGCACCACCUCACACACAGUGGGGCCCACCCCACCUGCCCGUGCCCGCACUGCCCGAAGGCUUCUGACUACCACUCCAAGCUGGCGGCCCAUCUCUGGACCCACAUGCCCACUUGCCCCUACCCAUGCCCUGACAGCUCCAAGUCCUUCUGCUACCCUUCCAAGCUAAAGGCCCACUGCCACACGCACCAUGCCACCGACACUCACCCCUAUCCUUGACCGCACUGCCCCAAGGCCUUCUCAAUCCCCUCCUAGCUGGCCACCCAUCGUCUCUGUCAUGACCCCACCACCACGCCGGACUGCCGGGCCAUCAGCUGGCACCAGUGCUCCACCUGCGGCCAGGCCUUUGGCCAAAGACACCUCCUGCUUGUGCACCAGCAAGGCCACCACCAGGCGGAGGGCCAGGGGGAUAGAGAGUGAGUCCCUACCGGUGGCUCAUGGGCCCCCUCUGCUGCCUGCCCCAUGAAUAAAGAGGUGGGAUUUCUAGGCCAGCUGUACAGAUUUGCAGUUUCUACUGACCUGGCAGGAAGAGACUGGCCAUUUAUACCAGGCCUGAAAGUAGAAGGCUGAGGAACUGUGCUCACCUGAGGGGCAGGUGUCACCCAGACUUAGCC